GAAUGUAGCCAUCAUUGAGUCGUACCAUAACCUCGAUUCCUCGUUGAGGAAGGCAGCGACUCGCAGCGGCGACUUCGGUACUAAUGGAAAUAACGGGUCUACAGUGUCACAAAGAGGCAGGCGAUAUCGCUUGUAAAAGUAUAACGGGUCUAAACUUCUGCUUCAGUUCCAGCAUAGUUAAAAGGUUAAGCUCGCAUCGAUCCUUGCAUUUUGAUUGUCAUCAGGUGGACACCCACCCGUCACGGUCGUUGUUUCCAUUUAUUCUCGAGAUCGCAACAUAUCCGAAAUACAGAAUGGUGUGCGUUCCAUGCUUUGCCAUUCCAAUAUUCCUGAUAAUAUGGAGAUUCCUACUACAACCAUUAUUGCUCAAAUUAUGGCAAUUAAAGAAUCGAGGGGAAGAGGCCAAGGAGGAUCAACCAUGUCCAGAUUUAGUGAAAGAAUGUAAAAAUGGGACAUGCACCUUAUCCUGGAAAGAUAAUCGAGAUACCAUAAAAAAGGACGAUUGAAUCUUUCUUUGUUCCACUGGAAGAUAUGGAUUGUGUGUAAUCAAUAUAGAUUGCUUUAAUUUUUAUAUUUGAUCGUGUUGUUACAGGCUUUGGAAAGUCUGAUUGUUUAAUAUUCAAAUUAUCUUUUUAUUGUACGUAUAUAUGUAUAUAUAGAGGAAAAAUGGAGUAACAAAAAUAUAGCUCCUCUAGUAUCACUUAAAUCUUGUUUUAGAAAAAAUUCUUCUAAAAAAUCAAUAUUUAUAUUAUCUUAAAUAAUAAGCUCUAUAGUGACUCAUUUUUGAAGCUAUAAAUUCUAAGGAAAUGCAUGAAAAUAUUUAAUGAGGUAAAGCUCUUAUUAAUACAAGUGUCAUUUAUUUAUAAAUUGUUUGAUCAGAAUAUUCAGAAUGAAAUAAUCGUUAUGAAUUUUGCAGAAAUCUCUACACAUAAUUAGUGUACUGACAGUUGACAAUAUAUUUGAUCUACAAUAUAUAUAUAUAUAUAUAUUGUAGAUCAAAUAUAUAUAUAUAUAUAUAUUGUAUGUAAUACAUGGAACGCACACCAUUCUGUAUUACAUAUAUAUACAUAUAUAUAUAUUAUUCAACUUAGCACACGAUGCUUCAUUUAUCUUUAUACUUAUUAGGAAAAAAAUGAUAUGGCAGUAUUAUGAAUAGAGAUAUUUCCUUGUUCCUCCCUUUUUUCUCUGUUUUAUUUAUCUCUAAAAACAAAUGUUCAUAGAGUAUAAAAUAGAACUGGUCCAAAAUGCGAUAGUGACAAAGUAACGGAUUUUUAUAAGAUAAGAAGAACGUACAGACUUACAUAAGUAUACUUAAAUUAUUUUUUUAACAAGCACUCGGAUGUUUUAAAAAAUUUAAUAGACCUUCCUAAGUUCAAUGUCGAAUAUAAGCGUGCUAUUACCAGGAAUGACGGGAGGGGAACCUUUUGCUCCGUACCUGUAAAAGAUUCAUCAUUUAAAUUCGUACGCACUUGCAUGUAACCCGGGAUAAACAAUGAAACAAGCCUCUUGUUUGAAUAACGAGAUAAAACGCGAUUUGAAAACAGGAAUUUGUAGGAAUAAAUAACAAUAUGAACAUUGACUUAGAACAAAAAUGAAAAAUUAAAUAAACUAUACAUACGCCAUA